AUGAUGGAUGCUGAAAUUGCGGGUUAUUUGUUGUUCUCUCAAUUAUUUGGUUUCUCACUAUCUUCCUGUCUCGAUUUGAGAGACAGACAAAGAGCAAAGGUGUGCGCGGAGCCGUCGAAAUGUUCGGCGAAAAGAAACAGUUGGGUUCGUGAUGCUUUGACCGCCAAGCUUCCGGAAGAAUGCGUGGUCCUUGGAAUGGUGUGGAACAUGUCUGGGAGCGUUGAUGUUGUUUUCAGAAGUGUACCGGUUUUGCUGGGCGCUUGUGGGGAAGGAACGAGGGAAAAGCACGAGCGACGACGAAGAGAUCAUCCGUUGGAGCGAGAAAGAGACCGUAAACGGCGGUCUAGAAGCCGUAGCCGUUCAAGAUCACCGGGAAGGUUCAAGCGGAAAGAUCGGAAGCAUCAUCGUGGUCGUUCCAGAUCUCGAAGUCGGUCCAAAGAGCACAGGAGACGCCAUCAUCACCGAUCGAAGUCGAGGUCCCGAACGCCGGACAAGCGUCGGGGAAAAGAAAAGUGUCGAAGCAAGUCUCCGGAAAAAGAAGAUGCGGUUCCUAAGCCGCCAAGUCAUAAUGAAGAAACACCGAAGCCAACGGUGACUCCGUUGAUGAGUUUCUCCAUACCGCCACCGAUGCUAGUAACCCCAACGAGUUUGGGCCAGCAGUCUGAAGAUAUUGGAGCCCAAGUCUUUGCUGCUGCUGCACGUCUUCGGCAGCAGUUACAAGAGAAUGCUUCCCAAGCCCAACCUGCAACAUCUGUCGGCGCGUUUUCAGUGCCAGCAGCAGCCAAGCUGGCUGAACAACAAAAGAAACGUGCCAUGUUGUGGAAAGGAAAGAAAACGGAGACUGCAGACAAUAGCAAGGAAUCUCUGUGGGCGGCAACAAAUUUCGACGCUGACGGAAAAGCUACGGAGAAAUUUCGUAAACUGAUGGGGAUUAAGAAUGCCUCGGCUGCCGAACCAAGUUCGGGUACAAAUAUUCAAGAGGAGCAACAAAAACUGUUUCAGAGCCUUGACAGGCAAUAUGAAGUUGCCCGAAUGUCGACCCACACUCAUCGGGGGGUUGGACUUGGCUUCUCCGGCGCCCCAUCGGGAUUCCAGACCCCUUUAAAUAACCCGAAAGCCGUCGUGAUGUACCGAUUUGUUUUCGGAGUGACGUUAUUUUCUCUGGUGCUCGGCGUAUUUUCCAUAGGGUCUUUCCCGCCGGAUGGCGAACCCGGUGAAGAUCAAUGCGAACCGAUUUCCAUCGAACUCUGCAUGGACCUCCAUUAUAAUCUGACCCGGAUGCCAAAUAUUCUCAAUCACCAAAAACAAAAGGACGCCGGUGAGGAGCUCUUCAACUUUUCGCCGCUGAUCAAAGUGAAAUGCAGCGAAGACCUGCGACUGUUUUUGUGCUCUGUCUACGCACCUGUGUGCACCAUUUUGGAGAAACCCUUGCCACCGUGUCGGUCGUUGUGUGAAUCUGCGCGAGAUGGGUGUUUGUCAGUCCUGGAAAGAUUCGGGUACGAGUGGCCCAAGACCCUUGACUGCUCGCGGUUUCCCGCAUUCGGGGAACUCUGUUUUGGCAAAGAAGUCGACGGCAAUGGACCCGUGGAACGAAGACCUGUUCACGAAGACGCCUUUCCGCGAGUGAAUGAGAUUCCAGAGAGAAAUCUUGGCUUCAUUUGUCCCGUUCAGUUCCAGACGCCGGAACAGUAUGGAGAGUACACGCUGCAAGUCGGCGACGCCGUGGAGAAACGUUGCGGAGCACCGUGUGACGGGAUGUUCUUCUCUAAAGAACAUCGUCGUUUCGCUGCCCUUUGGAUCUUUGGGUGGUCCGUGUGUUGCUUAAUCUCGUGUUCAUUCACCGUCGCCACUUUUUUCAUCGAAAUGUCGCGUUUCAAGUACCCCGAACGACCGAUAAUUUUUCUGUCCAUUUGCUACCUGAUGGUUGCUUUGUCUUACGUCUUUGGAUACGCCUUUGGCGAUGAAGUGGCGUGUAAUCAGCCGUUCCCGCCUCCCCGAGGAAGAGAGGAUCUUGCUGGUGACAUGGCGAGGUUGAUCGUGCAAGGGACAAAGAAGGAGUCUUGCACCAUUUUGUUCAUGUUGCUGUACUUCUUCACGAUGGCGUCGUAUGUUUGGUGGUGCGUCCUGGCACUGACGUGGUUCCUGUCGGCGGGACUGAAAUGGGGAAACGAAGCCAUCGAGUCGCAUUCGCACUACUUUCAUUUGGCCGCUUGGGCGAUUCCGUCCGUGAAAACGAUAGUUAUUUUGGCGAUGACGAAAGUGGAAGGUGAUGUGCUGAGUGGCGUCUGUUUUGUCGGGCUGUGGAACGUGACCGCCCUCCGAGGAUUUGUCGUGGCGCCACUCGUCGCAUACCUGCUCAUCGGCACCGGAUUUCUCAUCGCGGGACUCGUCUCACUGUUCCGCAUCCGCACCAUAAUGAAGCGCGACGGCGCCUCUACGCAGAAACUGGAGAAGCUCAUGUGGCGGAUCGGCGUGUUCUCCAUGCUUUUCGUCGUACCUGCCUCGGUCGUCGUCGGCUGCCUCCUGUACGAGCAGGCCAACUUUGAGUCGUGGAUGUUGGCCUGGCAACGGGACAUCUGCGAGCUCCGCGAAUUCGCGAUCCCGUGUCCCAAAGACGGCGACUACCCAAAGGCCAACUUUGCCGUCUUCAUGCUCAAGUAUCCCAUGGCCCUGAUCGUGGGGAUCACUUCCGGGUUCUGGACGUGGUCCUCCAAGACUCUGUCGUCGUGGACGCAGUUUUAUCAUCGAUUAACUGGGUUGUGUUGUCGAAGAGACUCUCGGCAGCAAGAUGUCCGUCGGGGGAAGUUCCGUGGGCCCAAUGGGAUGGAAGAAGAGUCGCUGCACCUCGACAUGAAGUACACAGGUGGCAUGGGAAGACACGAUGAACAAUCAAGUGCGAAACAUGAUGUGGUGAUUAAUCUCGAAUCGUCGUCAAAAAUGUCCGGCGACCUGAUGCUGUCGUUGCGUCCUUACCGAAAGCUUUGCUGCCCCGUCCGGGCGCAGGCAGCAAUGGCUAUAUUCUUUGAUACUAGAGUGAAUGUCGCGAAGGGUGUUGUGCAUGUUGAGGUGGACUGGCACAAGCAGUUUCCUCUGCUUGCUGUGGCCUCGUAUGGAGAAGAUUCUGGCGGAAUCGUCACAUUUUUUGGCGAUGAGGGUGACAAAUUGCCCGGGUUGGAGUUACCUACGCAGCACAAUGCGCAACCGACUACCCUCGCGUGGCAUCCUUCGCGGAAAUUUUGCUGCGUUGGCUGGGAGAACGGGGAAAUCACGUUGUUCAAUGUGGCGGAGAAGGAAGUGGUCGAAAUUAGGAGCUUGCAUCGGUCUCCGGUUUGCUUGUUGGAAUGGAGUUCAAUGGGAAGCCGACUCAUUUCUGCGGAUACAUCUGGAUCGUUACUUGGUUGGAAGUCAGACGGUCGCGGUUCAAUGCACACAGUUUUCCAUCACGAACUGAAAGAUCCUUUGAGUCAAGUGGUUUUCCGAUCUGUUCCCUCGUCAGGCGGUGGCUUGGACAUCAGUGGGCUUGCGAGAGCAGCUGUGGACGGAGACGAGCGUGCACUGGACAUGUUCAGUUCGUGGAGACCCAAAACUGCGGGCCAGAAACGACCGUCGUUCUCGGUCGAACCGAGGGAAAAUCUCGGAUGUUUCGUCGGAUCUUUGUCAGGUCGGAUCUACUACAUCAAUGAGCAUGGCGGUUGCAGUGAAGUGUUGACGUCGGAUGGACCGAUCAAAAGAUUAUUGUAUCACGAAACGAGAGACCUGCUUGUCGUUGUGACCGAAGGAAUGUCUUUGGCGCAAUUGAGCGUGGAUGUUGAUGGCGGGUUGGCAGAAAUCAGCAAGGUAAAGCUGAGCGGUAGAGCACAAGACGGUACGAUAACAUGGGCAGGAAAAGGUCUUUUGGCCGUCAGCGGCGGCGACGCAAACGUCAGACUCUGGAACGUUGAUUCUGGCGACAAUUUCGUGCUUUCCUUGGACGAUGCUCGUCGCGCCGCCUCCGAAGUCGUGACCAGCGUGUCGUUUUCCCGCAACAAGGGCGUCUUGGCCGUCGGCACCAACUGCGGUCGGGUGGCGUUUUGGAAGCAUUCGGAGACGGCGGCGGGACGCGACAGUGAUGCCGAGUCUCAGUGGACGCCGCUGACGCCGUCGUCGCUGGGGAAUGGCGAUCCGACGGCCAUGGCUGGCGCAGUGGUUGGGUUACGAUGGGGAACGUCGCGGAACGCCCUCGCAGCGAAUACUAUGAAAGACGCUUUCAUUCUGAAGGAGCACACGCUUUGCGCUCACUUCAAGGAUCAGAUGACCGUGGUGCAAAUGUCACCGACGGAGUUGGCGAUUGUUGGCACGUCGUGCAAGACGUUUUCGGGCAAAAUCCCGAUCCACGGGGUGUAUUGCGAUGAAUCGCGCUACGUUGCUGUUUGGAGUCGGAAAGAAGUGGCUGUUUAUGAAAUCAGAGGGUCGGACAUCAUGUGCGCCGUCCAAACUGGUCCGUCGACGUUGGUCAUUGACGCAGUAGCUGGCGACUCUCAUCUUUCUCUAAAUUCUGAGAUUCCUGUCAAAGGAGUUUUUGUUACACUGGAGAAUAUCACUGUUUGGAGCGGGAAGAAGGUUGUCGUGCAUGAAGUUGGAGUCCCUGGCUACUCCAUAAAAGAGAAGAGUGCAUUCCAUGCGGACUGUGAAACGCUUGCUGUUCACGAACAAAGCGUGUAUUGCAUUGAAAAGGACAAAGUUCAAGUCAGAGGCUUUCAAGGUGCUGUAAAGCAAACGUUACCAUUUCUGGAAGGUGAAGGGGAACCAACUGCGUUAGAUAUCAAUGGAAACUUUCUGGUCGUAGCUUCCUUGACUGGUGUCAUCAAAGUUUGGGAUCUUUCACGCAGAGACGCUAGACCUCAUGCUGGACCAAAGAAUCUCAAUGACGUGAUUGUUGAUUUCGGAGAAGUCAUUUCCGUGCGAUGCAAUUGUACUGGGACACGUGUCAGCAUUUCUUUCGCCACGGCGAGUCUGUUGCCAGACCCUAAACUCUAUGUUUGGGACGUGGAAUCCGACACUGUCCUUUACUUCAACUUCGCGUCCGGGCGCGGCGAGGACGACGACAAUUCCCCGCCGCCCAAUUCCGCGGAAUCCACUCAUUCCCGUGACGUGACCGCCGCGGAUCGGGCCAAAUUGGAGACGGCCCGUGACGUUGGCGGCCGAUUCGUGCUCAGUCACUUUUGGGACGCCGAAGAACCCCGGCUCGUCGUCGUGGAAGCCAAGGUGCUCCCGUUGUUGAGCACUCAGGCGGCGACGACGACGUCUUCGUCGUCGGGCGACGGGGGUAGGGGUCGGCGGAAGAGGACCACGACUUCAGUUUUUUUGGACAGCAAGCGCUCUGGGUUUGUCGACAAGGCGGAGAUUAUUGUGGUAUCGAUGUUUGCGACUGCUGACAGCGGGGGACUCGUAGUCCAAGACUUUUUCCCCCUCGAUAACGACAUCAGUCGUCUAUUGGGUGUUCAAACGCCGUUUUUCUACCUCCUGACGAAACCGGAAUGCGUUGAAUCGAAAUCUGGGAAGAUGGUGAAGCAAAGAGUCAUGCGGGACUUCGUUGGCCUGGAGGCAAAGGACAAAAGCGUGCGGGACGCGAUGAUGAAUUUCUCCUACUUUUUAUGCAUUGGAAACAUGGACGAAGCGUUCAAGGCCAUCAAAACCAUAAAGAGUGAAACCGUGUGGGAGAACAUGGCCAAGAUGUGUGUGAAGAGCAAGCGACUGGACGUGGCGGCCGUGUGUCUGGGCAACAUGGGCCACGCUCGCGGCGCCCGUUGCCUCAGGGAGAUGUCUGUGGACUCGGGCGGGAAGCAGUUGCCGCUGGACGCCCGGGCAGGUGUGCUGGCCCUGCAACUGGGCAUGGUGGACGAAGCUGAGCGGUUGUUUCGGGCCUGUGGCCGCUUCGACUUGCUCAACAAGGUUUAUCAGGGGUCCAAUCGUUGGGCCGAGGCCCUGGACACUGCGGCAGACGUGGACCGAAUCCACCUCAGGACCACUUCUUUCAACUAUGCGAGACACUUGGAAGCUCAGGGCGAUAUAAGCGGAGCCAUAAACUACUUCGAAAAAUCCGAUACCCAGCGCUUUGAGGUUCCUCGCAUGCUGUUCGAUGACCCCGCCGCGUUGGAAGCAUACGUCGUGCAAUCAAAAGAUCCAGCGUUGAAGAAGUGGUGGGCGCAGUACUUGGAGAGUACUGGGGAGAUGGAGGCUGCGUUGGAGUUCUACGAAAGUGCGAAGGACGCCUUGUCGCUGGUGCGAGUGCACUGCUACUGCGGCGAGCUGGAGACGGCGGCGCGGAUCGCCAACGAAAGCGGCGACCGGGCCGCGUGUUACCAUUUGGCACGACAGUACGAGAACAAUGACAUGGUUCGGGAGGCCAUCCACUUUUAUACCCGUGCGCAGGCCUUUGCCAAUGCCAUGCGGAUUUGUAAGGUGAAUUUGAUUGGAGAAUGGAAUGGAAGACCAGUUGUUGUCACUUGGGCGCAGAAGUAUUCGGAGUUGCAGAUGAUUGCUUUGGAUCUCGACUCCAACACGGAUCCUGCCACGCUUGACCGUUGCGUAAAGUUUUUCAUAGAGAAUCGCCAAUUUGACAAGGCGACGAAUUUGCUGGCCGUCGGAAAGAGGUCGAGGAUCGUUGCUGUAACUGAAAUUUGGAUUGAAUUUCCUUCGCAGUAUUUUGAAGCCUUGGAUCUCUGCGUGGAACACAACAUUCCGAUCACGGAAGAAAUCGCGGACCGAAUGACCAUAGAACGAGGCGAAGAAGACGAAGCUGCGCGCGNGGUGACGUUGAAGAAGUGGUGGGCGCAGUACUUGGAGAGUACUGGGGAGAUGGAGGCUGCGUUGGAGUUCUACGAAAGUGCGAAGGACGCCUUGUCGCUGGUGCGAGUGCACUGCUACUGCGGCGAGCUGGAGACGGCGGCGCGGAUCGCCAACGAAAGCGGCGACCGGGCCGCGUGUUACCAUUUGGCACGACAGUACGAGAACAAUGACAUGGUUCGGGAGGCCAUCCACUUUUAUACCCGUGCGCAGGCCUUUGCCAAUGCCAUGCGGAUUUGUAAGGAGAAUGGAAUGGAAGACCAGUUGUUGUCACUUGGUCAGUUGGCGGGUCCCAAGGAGCAAAUCGAUGCCGCGAGACAUUUCGAAAAUAUGGAGAAGCCCCAACUGGACAAAGCGAUCGUUUUAUACCACAGAGCUGGUCUGCUUUCAAAAGCAUUGGAUCUUGCGUUCAAGGCGCAGAAGUAUUCUGAGUUGCAGAUGAUUGCUUUGGAUCUCGACUCCAACACGGAUCCUGCCACGCUCGACCGUUGCGUAAAGUUUUUCAUAGAGAAUCGUCAAUUUGACAAGGCGACGAAUUUGCUGGCCGUCGGAAAGAGGUCGAGGAUCGUUGCUGUAACUGAAAUCUGGAUUGAAUUUCCUUCGCAGUAUUUUGAAGCCUUGGAUCUCUGCGUGGAACACAACAUUCCGAUCACGGAAGAAAUCGCGGACCGAAUGACCAUAGAACGAGGCGAAGAAGACGAAGCUGCGCGCGUGAAAUUGUUGGAGAAAAUCGGGGAGUGCGCGUUUGAGCAAGGCGACUAUCGCUUGGCUACGAAAAAAUUCACGCAAGCCGGAAACAAGAUGAAGGCCAUGAAAGCGUUGCUCAAGAGCGGAGACACGGAGAAGAUAACGUUCUUUGCGAACGUGAGUCGAGAGCGCGACAUUUACGUCAUGGCGGCCAACUACUUGCAGAGCUUGGAUUGGAGGAAGGAUCCGAGCAUCAUGAAGAACAUCAUCACGUUUUACAACAAGGGAAAAGCGCUUGACUUGCUGGCUGGCUUUUACGUUGCCUGUGCUCAGAGCUUGGAUUGGAGGAAGGAUCCGAGCAUCAUGAAGAACAUCAUCACGUUUUACAACAAGGGAAAAGCGCUUGACUUGCUGGCUGGCUUUUACGUUGCCUGUGCUCAGGUGGAGAUCGACGAGUACCAGAACUACGAAAAGGCAUUGGAAGCGUAUACGGAGGCGUACAAAACCUUGACGAAGGCGUAUAAUGGAGGGGCGGAUAUUCCGCAAGUUGACGAGAAGCUGGAGCAAAUAAAGCAACGAGCUGAACUUGUUCAGCGAUUUGUCCAGAUUCGAAGGCAAGGAUUGAAUCAUUUCCGCGACUCAAAUCGACUCGUGUCCGAACCUGACGCCGAACUGGCCAUCAGAAGAGGUGAUGUUUAUGGCCUCAUGGUCGAGUACUUCGCGCAGCAGAGGCAGUACCAAGCAGCCCACGGGAUCAUCAAUGAGAUGCGCAGCAGGAAGUUGAAAUAA